UUUAAAUGUAGCUAGAUCACUUAGGUUUCAAUCUGGCAUUCCAUUGCUUUACUAGAGUGACUGUAUAAUGCAUGCAGUUUACCUUAUUAACAGAAUCCCUACACCAAUUUUACACAACAAGUCCCCAUAUGAGGUCUUGUACAAGAAAGCUCAUUUCUUAGGUCAUUUAAGGGUUUUUGGUUGUUUGGUGUAUGCUAGUACAAUAGCAGCAAGGAGAUCUAAAUUUGAUCCCAGAGCCAGGCAGUGUGUACUACUUGGUAUUCCUUCUGGCCUUAAAGGAUACAAGUUUCUUGAUCUCAAAGAUAACCAAGUUUUCAUCUCUAGAAAUGUGGUGUUUCAUGAGUCUAUUUUGCCUUUUAGACAUGAUUCCCACACUACUGUCCCUUCUUUUGAUCCUACCACCUCACCUCAAAUUCCAAUUUCAACUUCCCAUCCACCAAUUCAUGCUCCUGGUCUAAGCCUACCUCCCACCCUUCCUACACCUGUAUCACCCUCUGUUGAUGGGGGACACUAUAUACCUCCUACAACAGAAGAAUCUGCAGCUGAGCCUAUUAAUGAUGACACUGAAGCUGAGCCUUAUAGCCAUCAAGAUUUUGAUUUGGAAGUUGAGUUAGACCCUGAGUUAGAGCCUCAGCAGGACUUCGAGCCAUCAAAGAGACCACAGAGAUCUCAUAAACUACCUGCUAAGUUUGACAAUUGUGAAUUGGAUCCAGAUCUGAGUUUUGGGGCUUUUGGUUCUUGUGCAACAGCUUCUAAGUAUCCUAUUGAAUUUGAUUUGGAUCACUUGAAUGCUGCUAAUAGAGCUUUUGCACUGAGUGUUAUCUCACAGAUUGAGCCAGCUACAUUUUAUGAAGCAAUGCAAUCAUAUGUGUGGAAUAGGGCUGUACAAGAGGAGCUAGGUGCCCUGGAACAGAACCAAACAUGGGAUGUGGUAAAGUUGCCAGAUGGAAAGAAAGCCAUAGGCUAUAAGUGGGUUUUCAAAAUCAAAAGAAGAGCAGAUGGCACUAUAGAAAGGUUUAAGGUUAGGCUGGUGGCAAAAGGGUACACUCAGGUCUAUGGAAUUGACUUCCUAGACACCUUUUCCCCCGUAGCUAAGAUAAACUCAGUGAAAGCAUUACUUGCAGUGGCUGAAGUCAAAAAUUGGACAUUAGAACAGUUAGAUGUAUCUAAUGCCUUCCUACAUGGGGAUUUAGAAGAAGAAGUGUACAUGAAAAUACCAAUGGGACUUGAUCUGAAUGGUAUUGAUCCAAAAGGAAUGGCUUGCAGGCUAAAGAAAUCGUUGUAUGGGCUUAAACAAGCAUCAAGACAGUGGUUUGCAAAGUUGACAGGUUUUCUGUUGAAGAAUGGGUUUGCUCAAUCAGCUUCAGAUUACUCUCUAUUUACCAAAUGGGUGCAUGGCAGAAUUGUGGUACUGCUAGUGUAUGUUGAUGAUAAUCAUAGGAGGAGAUGCACCAAAGGAUAUAGAGCAGAUCAAGAAAGCAUUAAGCAAAGAGUUCAAGAUUAAACUGCUAGGACCUCUACAAUAUUUCAUUGGAAUGGAAGUAAACAGGACUGCAGAUGGGAUCAGUGUUUGCCAAAGGAAGUAUGCCUUGGAGCUGCUAAAAGACACUAGGUAUUUGGAAGCAAAAGGAUGCAUUACACCUUCAGAUCCUAAAGUGAAGUUGGCAGCAAAUCAAGGAACACCUCUGGAAGAUGCAGAAGUUUAUAGAAGGUUAAUUGGAAGGUUGCAUUAUGUGACAAUCACCAGACUUGAUUUAACAUACAUAGUGCAACAGUUAUGUCAAUUCCAGAAACAGCCUUGUAGUGACCAUCUACAGGCAGCCUUCAGGGUGUUAAGGUACUUGAAGAACAACCCUGGCCAAGGCAUACACUUUAGCAGCAAGGCAGACUUGAAGCUGGUGGGAUUUACAGACUCAGAUUGGGCCAGUUGUCCAGACACAAGAAGGUCUACAACUGGAUAUUGCACCUUUCUGGGAAUUUCUUUGCUGACUUGGAAGAGUAAGAAGCAAACUACUGUAUCUAGAUCUUCAUCAGAGGCUGAAUACAAGGCACUAGCUUUACUGGUCUGUGAAGUUGAAUGGUUGAAGGGUUUGUUAGCAAAAUUGAGUGUUAAAGUUCCUUUGCCUAUCUCAGUUUACUGUGACAACAGGUCAGCAAUACACCUAGCAGAGAACCUAGUAUUUCAUGAAAGGACAAAGCAUAUAGAAAUCGAUAUGCAUGUGACCAGAGAAAGAUUAAAAUAUGGGUUGAUCAAGCUCCACCAUGUAAGUACUUUCAAUCAGUUGGCUGACUUGUUCACGAAAGGGCUGGAUAGAGCGCGAAUGCAGGCAUUGUUGGUCAAGUUGGGAGUCAGAGUGACUGCCACAACUUGAGGGAGGCUGUCAGGAUUCUAAAUGCAGAAUUGCAGAAGAAAUGGAGAAGAAGAAGAACAGAGUCGUGGAAGAAGAAGGGCGAAACGUACAAGAAGGAGGAAACGUUUCUACCAGCAACAGAAGAGUUUUAUUGAAACUAUGUCGUUUUACUACAAGCUGAUUGUAAUAGCAGUUAGCCGUUUAAUUUACUGUUUAAUCUUCAAAUUGACGAAUGGAAAGUAGCCAAAUGGCAUGCCCCUGUAAUCCAUUUCGUCUUUACUUUUCUGCUGGACUAUAUAAUCAAAUGGAGGAUCUUAGAGACUGCUGAAGAUCUCUCCUUCCACAAAACCCUUUGCUAGGUUUUCUCUUAUAAUUUCUGUUUAUCUCAAACCGAACUACUCCAUUUCCUGAUACAUUUCCUGGUUAUGUUGCAGGGAAAGGUUGAAAAUUAGGAAACAGAGAGUUCUACUUGACGUUUCCUAUGACUAUCAAAAGUUGUACUGUUAGGAAUUGAUUAAGAGUUCCGAUGACAAUCAUGUAUGUUGUCUAUUAUUGCAAACCAAACAAUAAUUUUGACUUGACAUGAACUGUUUCUAUUCCACUUGUAAAAUAUACAUCUUUUCACAUUUUGGUGGUUUCAGUUUGCUACAAAAUUAUGUGAUUCAGACUUAUAUCGUGUUAAAAUUAAUAUGGUUGUAUGUAUUCUCACAAUACUUGGUAGUUCAAAAAUUUCAAUAAUUCACCACAACAAUUGCAAACCAAACUAUGCUUUGUCUGAUAAAAGAAAUUGAAAUUG